GGAGUCUGCCGCUCCGGCGCUCGAGGCGUGGAGUGAGUGACGGGCGGCGGGAGGAGAGCGCCGAGGAGGAGAGACAGGGAGGAGAGGAGAAGAGAGGGGAGGGACAGAGCUAGCGGGAGGCGGCUGCAGCGGCGGGGACCAGGCCGGGCCAUGGCGGAGCGGGAGGCGGCGGCGGUGGCCGCCGGGGCUGGAUCCGGAGCCGGGGCCGGGGCCGGGGCUGCAGCAGCCGCGGGGCCCCAGUGAGGGGCGCUGGGGGGCUCGGGCCUGAGGAGCCAUGCCCCGGGGGCAGCGCCGAGGCUGCUGCAGCCGGGCCCGGGGCUGAGCGACCGUCGGGGGGCUCGCGGACCUCGCCGCGAACUCUUGGGGGUUCUUCCUCCUGGAUUAGGGGGUUUUGCUUUUGCUUUUGUGUUUCUUGGCGGGCACGGUCGGAGAAGGCGGAGGGGAGCGGAGUGAGGGGGUAGGGGCAUGCCGGGCUGGAGCCCGGCCUCGGGGCGCGCCCCGGCCACGGCAGCCGCCCGCACCUCCUUCUUCUUCUCCUCCUCCUCCUCCUCCUCCUCCUCCUUCUUCUCCUCCUCCUUCAGCCCCGCCGCCGCCGCCGCAGCAGCCAACAUGGCUGCGCUCUUGAGCCCGGGAGGCGGCCGCCGCUGAGCCUUGCGCCCCUUUCCGCUGCCCCCGGCUUCAGCUCAUGGCCCCUCGGGCGCUCCGGCUCCCGCCACGCUAGGGUUGCAGCUAAGUCGCCGCCCGCCCGCCUGUCCGCUCGCCCGCCCGCCUGGGGGGCGCCUCGAGCAGCAGCAGCGGCAGCAGCAACAGUAGUAGUAGCCGCCGCCAAGCGGUCCUGCACCCAGCCCGAGGCUAGAGGGGUUUUGUGGCGGCCCUGGGCGCAUCAGCCCCUGGAUUAGGGCAGUGCUUGAAGCCCGCCUCUACGAACGAGCUCCUGGCCAGAGGAGGCCGCGGGGGGAGGGGGUACGUGGGGGAUCCCACGGGGGUAGUUCCUUGGAGCCAUGGAGCCCAAGCACCGGGAGCUGCUUGCCCAUUGUCAGCAGAGCCUGGCUCAGGCCAUGACUGAGGUGGAAGCCGUCCUGGGGCUUCUGGAGGCGGCGGGAGCCUUGAGUGCCGGGGACCGCAGGCAACUGGAAGAGGAGACUGCCGCGACUGGAGGGGCUGGGGGCCCCGGGGCUAAGGCGGAGCUGCUGCUCAAACUCCUGCUCUCUAAGGAUCGAGACCACUUCCAGGACCUUCGCGUGGCCCUGGAGAAAACCCAGCCUCACCUGCUCCCCAUCCUUUACCUGAACGGAGUGGCUGGGGCCCCGCAACCCUCGGAGGGGGCAGGAUCCACUUACAGUGUCUUGUCCAUCAUGCCCUCGGAUUCAGAGAGCAGCAGUUCCCUCAGCAGUGUGGGCACGACUGGAAAGGCGUCCUCUCCUCCACCCCCCAGCUCAGACAGCAGGCAGGCCAAUGAGAAAGUGGAGAGCCUUUUGGUUCAACUGAGGCUGAUCACCCGAGAGAGGGAUGAGUUGAGGAAGCGUCUGGCCUUGUCAUCUCCUGGUUCAACUUUUGACGACUGCAGGCCCUACCACAAGCUGAAUCCUGACUAUGAGAGGCUCAAGAUUCAGUGCAUGAGGGCCAUGUCGGAUCUACAGUCCCUCCAGAACCAGCACACUAAGACCCUGAAGAGAUGUGAGGAGGUCGCCAAAGAGGCUGACUUUUACCACACCCUCCACAACCGCCUCCUGAGUGACCAGGCCCAACUGAAGGAGGACGUGGAUGCGCUGAGGAGGGAGAACGGGCAGCUGCUGAGGGAGCGGAACCACUUGCAGCAGUCCUGUGAAGACAUGAAACGGCUUCGAGAGGAGGACCAGAAGGAGAUUACUGACCUCCGGGCCCAGCAGCAGCAGGUUUUGAAGGAGAAUGGGUCAUCGGAGAUCCUCAACACACUGUAUGACACAGCCAUGGGGAAGCUGGAGGGACUGAAGAAGGACUACGAUGGGCUGAGAAAGCGGUACAAUGAGAAGGUCGCCAACCACAACACGGACCUGAGUCGGCUGGAGCAGAUGGAGGAGGAGAACAGGCGCCUGCAGAAACAGACGGACACCCUGGUGAAACAGAGAGACACCUCCAUCCACUUCCAGCAACAGUACUCCUUAUCCCUAAGGCGGUUUGAGUCAAUGCAGCAGGACCUGAACAAGGCAACGGUCCAGAACAAGGAACUUCAGCGGGAAAUGGAGCGCCUUCAGUCGGAGGUGACCCGGCUGAGGUCCAUGCAGCUGAAGGCUCUGAAGGAUGCAGAGAAGUACAAGGAGGAGCGGGAUUCCGUCUUCAAUGAGUAUCAGCUCAUCAUGAGCGAGCGGGACCAGGUCAUCAAAGAGCUGGACAAACUUCAGACGGAGCUGGAACUGGCUGAGUCCAAAUUGAAAAACACCACCUCUGAGAAGAGGGUGGCCAGUGAAGAGAUGGAAGCUCUGAGACAGGAGCUGAACUCAGCUCUGGUGGAAAGAGAUCGGGCAGUCUGUGAGAGGAAUGAGUUACUGGAAAAAUACUGCUACGAGGUGAAGGACAAGGCGGAAGCCCAGAAAGAGCUUGAUCAAGCUUGCAAAGAUAUAGAGGCAGUAAAGGAAGAAAGAGAUGUGGCCAGGAAAGAGAGGACAGAAGCUAUCAUCCAGAGAGACCAUCUACUCAGGGAAUAUUACCAAGCUCGCCAGAUACAGGAUUCAGCCACCCUGGACAUCGAGCGAGCCAACAAAGAGAUCGAAAUGCUCCGGAAGCAGUAUGAAGCCAUGUCCCAGGAGCUCAAGGAAGCCAUCCAAGAGGCAGAAGUGGCCAAGUGUAGGCGAGACUGGGCCUUCCAGGAGCGAGACAAGAUUGUGGCAGAAAGGGAGAGUAUACGGACCCUGUGUGACAACCUACGGCGUGAGAGGGACCGGGCAGUGAGUGACCUGGCGGAAGCCUUGCGCAACCUGGAUGACAUGAGGAAACAGAAGAAUGAUGCUGGCAGAGAGUUAAAGGAGCUGAAGGAAAAGAUGGAGAACCAGCUGGAGAAGGAAGCCCGUUUCCGGCAGCUGAUGGCUCAUAGUUCCCAUGAUUCAGCCAUUGACACGGAUUCUAUGGAGUGGGAAACGGAAAUAGUAGAGUUUGAAAAGGACAGAGAGGAUAUGGAUUUGAAGGCACUUGGGUUUGAUGUGGCAGAAGGUGUGAAUGAACCGUAUCUCCCCGGGGACUGUGGCAUCUUUGUCACUAAAGUAGACAAGGGAAGCAUUGCAGAUGGUCGGUUAAGGGUGAAUGAUUGGCUGCUCAGAAUCAACGACGUGGACCUUACCAACAAGGACAAAAAGCAGGUGGUCAAGGCUGUUCUCAGUGGUGGAGGGGUCAUCAACAUGGUGGUCCGGAGAAGGAAGUCCCUGGGAGGGAAAGUGAUAACGCCUCUUCACAUUAACCUGGCUGGACACAAAGAGAGUGGCAUCAGUCUUGAGAAUGGUGUGUUUGCUGCUGCUGUUGUUCCCGGAAGCCCUGCUGCUAAAGAAGGAUCCCUUACAGCGGGAGACAGGAUUAUUGCCAUUAAUGGCAUUGCACUAGAUAACAAGUCUCUGACUGAAUGUGAAUCCCUACUCCGGAAUUGCCGAGAUUCCCUGACCCUCUCACUUAUGAAGGUGUUCCCCCAGAGCUCUUCGUGGAGUGGUCAGAAUAUUUUUGAGAAUCUCAAGGACUCGGAGAAAGUGUUGAACUGCAGGCUUCAUGGAUCUGAGGUUCAGGCUCAGAAUAAGAGGAACCUGACACAGCACAACAGCUCCACGCAGACAGACAUUUUCCAUUUGGAGAGCUUAGAGGAUAAGAAGGACCCGAGCACCCCAGGAAGCAGUGGGGGCUCCUUUUGUGAGCACAAGCCCUUUCCCCGAGGCCCUUUGCAGGUCGUUGACCCUCAUCGGAGUUGCCACAGCACCUCCGAGCACAGUCUCAGCUCCUUCAGCUCGGACCCUUACGGGGAACGUGGGUAUGGACUGGUGAAUUUGGGCAGUCGGAGGAUGUUGCCUCCCUUUGACACUGUCAUCGGGGACUGCGUCCUGGUGGGAUCCACGCUGGAAGAGGCAGGGUCAGGGAUGAAGCACAGUGGUGGCACCUGGCCCAAAGUGAUGGUCAACGCCUCUUCAGCAGAGACAGAGAAAUUCUCUGUCUACAAGAAGCCAAAGCAGAGGAAGUCCAUCUUUGACCCCGACACCUUCAAGCGCCCCCAGACUCCUCCCAAAGUAGAUUACCUCUCCCCAGGCCCUGCCCCUGCCCAUUCUCCCCAGUCCUCCAAGGCAGAAGGCUCCCCAACGCCUCCUACCCCUCCCAAGAGAAGUGACUCCAUUAAGUUCAAACACAGACCACAAGACAGCUCUGGUUCAGAGACCACCCUGGUUCCCAGCUCUCCUUCCACCAGCCCUCCAGCCAGCCAUCCAUCUGCACCAGCCCCGCUGGGGCUCAAACAGGACUCCCCACCUCAUAAGAGUAGGGGUCGGAUUCCUGGACACUACUACCGGGAGGAAGACGGAGAUUGUGCCCUCUUGCCCGGGAGGAAGCCUUGUGAAGAAGAUGGCAGCUUCCAGAGAGGGGAUGAUGCAGAUCUGAAGCGACCCCGGCCCAAAUCGGCGCCGAUUCUUCGGCACAAACUCACCCCAGUAACCAUUCCCAACCAGACCCUUCAGGCACAGAAAUACACUCCAACCCCUGAUGAACACUUCACUCCAGAGCUCCAGGAGUGGAUCCCCUAUUCCCCGAAGCGUUCCUCUAGGCACAGUGAUGGCUUCGUCCCUAUUUACUCUGGUGGAGUAUCUGCAGGUACUGUUCCAAGGAAUUUAGCCCCAUGCCCUGCAGUGACAGCCAUCAUGAGGAACCCUAUCUACACGGCUUGGAGCCAUAGAGUUCACCCCAACAGCUGCCAGUCUGCUGCUGGUCAGAUGCACCAUCAGCACUUGCAUCCAAGUGCACAACACCAAGGCCGCCUGAGCCUGGACCUGAGUCACAAGCACUCCAGCGACUACUCAGACACUUCAAGGACGAGAACCUCUCAUGGGUCCAACUCAUUACCAUCUAGUGCCCGACUUGGAUCUUCGAGUAACUUGCAGUUUCGGACGGAACGUAUCAAAAUCCCAUUAACACCCAGAUACCCUCGAUCUGUCAUGGGCUCUGACAGAGGGUCCUUGUCACACUCUGAAUGUAGUAGCCCCAGCCUGAUUACUCCUCCCCAGUCACCCUUGAACCUAGAGACCUCAUCUUUCGCCAGUAGCCAGUCCCAGAGCUCUCUCUCCACGCUGCCCAGGAUCGCUAUCAGCCCAGCAUCGAUAGGGGAGCGAAGGAAGGAUAGGCCUUACAUGGAGGAGCCUCGCCAUGUCAAAGUCCAGAAAGGUUCAGAGCCACUGGGAAUUUCCAUAGUGAGUGGGGAAAAUGGCGGAAUCUUUGUUUCAAAAGUAACUGGAGGAAGCAUUGCUCAUCAAGCUGGUCUAGAGUAUGGAGAUCAGUUACUGGAGUUCAAUGGCAUUAACUUGAGAAAUGCCACAGAGCAACAGGCCCGACUGAUCAUUGGUCAGCAGUGUGACACCAUCACUAUCCUGGCCCAGUAUAACCCACACAUGUAUCAACUUGGCAACCACUCCAGGUCCAGCUCUCGACUGGAUCCUGUGAGCACUCAUUCCAAUCCCCAGGGCAGUGGGACUGCCACUCCAGACAGCCAUUCCAUCAUUGACACAGUGAGUGAGCAGGAUGAGGGGACCAUAACGCCAACAUCCAAGCAGACCACCCCUACCACCAGCCCACGGAAUUCCAUCAGGGUCCUGGCGGAUUCCAACAAAAGACCCCCUGAAGCUCGGGUUGUCAUCAUCAAAAAGACCCAGGUGGAACUCGGUGUGCAGAUAUGUGGUGGGAACCUACAUGGGGUGUUUGUGGCUGAUGUGGAGGAUGAUAGCCCUGCCAGUGGUCCUGAUGGUCUUGUGCCCGGGGACCUUAUACUGGAGUAUGGUUCUGUGGACAUGAGGGAUAAAACGGCUGAGGAAGCCUACCUUGAGAUGCUGAAACCUGGAGAGAAUAUCCGUGUCAAGGUGCAAUAUCGCCUGGAGGACUUCAACAAGGUCAAGGACGUUCCAGGGGAUGGAUUCUACAUUAGGGCUCUGUAUGAUCGUCUGGCAGAAGUGGAUCAGGAGCUGAGCUUCAAGAAGGACGACAUCCUCUAUAUUGAUGACACCCUUCCCCAGGGGACGUUUGGCUGCUGGAUGGCGUGGCAGCUCGAUGAGAAUGCCCAGAAACUGGAAAGAGGCCAGAUCCCGAGCAAAUACAUCAUGGACCAGGAGGUCUCCCGGAGGCACAGCAUGUCUGAAGUCAAAGAUGAAAACAGCUCCUCAAAGACGUUGUCGGCUGCUGCACGGAGGUCCUUCUUUCGAAGAAAACAAAAGCAUAAACGGAAUGGCUCUAAGGAUAGUAAAGACUUGUUGGCUCUGGACACCAUCAGCACAGACUCCAUUCCCUUCCUCGAAGAUUCGGUCAGCCUAGCGUAUCAGAGGGUACAGAAGGUGGAUUGUACUUCUCCAAGGCCUGUUUUGAUCCUAGGACCUUUACUUGAUGCUGUGAAGGACAUGCUGGUGAAGGAGGCUCCUGGGAAGUUUUGCAGAUGUCCUCUGGAGGUGAUGAAGGCCUCCCAACAAGCCAUCGAGCGAGGGGUCAAAGAUUGCCUGUUCAUUGACUAUAAAAGGAGAAGCGGCCAUUUCGAUGUGACCACUGUAGCAUCCAUAAAGGAGAUAACAGAUAAGGACUGCCACUGUCUCCUGGACAUUGGUCCUCACGCCAUUGAGCGGCUGCAUAGCAUUCACAUUUACCCCAUCGUCAUCUUCAUCCGCUACAAGAAUGCUAAACAGAUCAAAGAACAGAGAGACCCUAUCUUCCUGAGGGACAAAGUCACACAGAGACAUUCCAAAGAACAAUUUGAGACCGCUCAGAAGAUAGAACAGGAAUACAGCAAGUAUUUCACAGGUAUCGUCCAGGGAGGAGCCCUUGCUAACAUUUGCACUCAGAUCUUAACAACUGUAGAUGAAGAACAGAAUAAAGUCCUGUGGAUUCCAGCCUGCCCGCUCUAGACAGACAUUUUGCUGUGAAAUGCAGAACAUAUUCUUCCAAUGUAAAUAUGUGGCCAGACUUCAAAUAUAUAUAUAUAUAUCUUCAGACAAUUCUUCAUGAAGGGGAUGGAGACAUUAACAUGGAAAACCAAAAACACCUGUUCGAGUGGCUGAAUGAGACAGAAGCUUGGCCAGCGGAUUUAAUUUCUCUCUCAUUUGUUCAUUUAUUUCAGAGAGAGAAAGACUUGUAUUAUGAUGAGGGGUACAAGGUAGACCAGCCUUUUUAAAAAUUUUAUUUUUUAUUUUAGCCAGCAGAUUAUCAAUGCUGCAGAAAGAACCUUCUAGAUUCACAAGUUUACAAACCUUUUCUAAGUAUUUGGUUGUUUAUGUUUACUUGAAUGUCCUUGUGUCGUUGUGACCUGUUGCUCUUUUGGCCCUUUUUCUCCCACUGUCUUCAUCUCCUAUUCUUGUGUUUCUCUUAUUCAAUCUGUCUUUUUAAACGCUUAUUCUCAGUGAAGCUACACUCUGGAAUAGAAGGGAGAGGGCACUCUGGGAUGGGGGUAAGGAUCAGGGAAGCAGGGAUUCAGUGGGCUUUGGAAAGCUUGGUGGAAAUUCUCCUGGGAGCUCUGCAAUCAUUUUUCGGGUAAGUUUGCAGGUGAUCCUUUUGCCUAGUUUAAGGUGGCAGAAUCAGUGUCUAUUUAGUAUGUGUAUUUGGCAGUGGAGAAGCCUCUCCUGUUCUUUGGAAUUAUUUUAAAUUCAUCUGGUUGAAAAUGCUUCUCUCUGCCCUCCUCUCCUCCACUCUACCUGCAUAGAUUUCAUAUUUAAAGAUCAUAAUAUGAUCUGAUCAUUCGGAACUUAAUUUGUGAAGUAAUAAAAUAAUCAGCUUGGUUUUGGGGACUGGUGGUAGUGGGAGGAGGGAGAAAGUCGGUCCAGUGCAUGCCAUUCUGUCGUUUUUAAAGUCUGUAAAUAUCAAUAGCUUUUACUGGUGCAAUUUUGCAGAGUAUGUCUUCAGCUUUGUUCUUCAGUGUGUAGCAGUCACAUAAUCUCAUUUUGUUUUGUUUUAAGGAAAAUGUUCAUAUGAAAAUGGUCACAGUUUGGGGCUUUAGAUCAAAAGCCUUUGGUAGUGUUCCGCAUUGUCUGGAAUGGGUUAAAUAAAAACCAAGGGAGGGGCUUUUCAUUUGUUUGUUUUGGGCAUUGCUUGCAACAUGCAGUCACACUGUGUACCCAGCUCUGUGAUAAAGCGCCAUCUUGGAUUUGCUUUUGCACUUUGGGGAGCUUCAUUAGGUGGGCCCUGGAAGAAGAUUGUAUGUCCCUCCUCCAUCAACUAUGUGUUCUCUUUGUAGGUACUGUAUUCUCUUUGGUUUAUCCCAGUUUAAUUUGAAGAGGCUUUAUGGACUGUUCCUAACAUUUCAUUUUUCUAACAAGAAGUCUUAAAAAAAUUUUUUUAGUGCUAGACUACAGGUUGUAGUUUUGUGUUUAUUUGCGUUUUUUAAAAAAUAAAUAAAAAAGGGAUUUUUUUUUUCUUGCACAGUUCCUCAAAAGAAAGAACUAUAUCAGUCCUGAAUAUUGUUCCUUGUUUUACAGGUACACAUUUUCUAGCUCAAACUACUUAAAAAAACAAAAAUGUAAAAAAAGUUAAAAAAAAAACCAACCCUUAAAUGUAGAUUAUGUAUUUGAUGCAUUACCUAAACUAAAUAGUUUUCAUAUUGAGGGGUAGCAGGGUUUUUUUGUUUGUUCGUUUGUUUUUGGUGUUUUUUCUUCCCGAGUUGAGGAUAGAGUUGGACUUUGGUACGAUUAAAACAGACAGGUACUGUUCUGACCAGGAUUUUCUGUACUAAAAAAAAAAUGUCACUUUGUAUAAAAAAAAACCAAAAAAGUUAAAAACACUGAUUAGUAUGAUAAAUAAAGGUCAAUUUCUGUAA